AGCAGAUGGGGGGGAGGCACAGCAAGCAUUUGCGUCGCUUGCAUCACCACUGCCUGAAAACAAACCUGGAUUGCGAGAGAGGAGCUUGCCGGCAGGCCAAGUGAAUGAAAUCCAACAGCAUGGCUUGAUUUCUGAAGGGGCUGGAUUGCUAAAAAUCAUGGGGAACCAAGAUGGGAAGCUAAAGAAAAAUACAGGUGAUGUAUGUGAAGGAGGAGAGGAUGCUUCUGGGCCCAAGGAUACAGAAGGCACAAAGAAGGGAGCAGGAAGCAAAAAGGGACUGGGGAAGCAUAGUAAAGGAAGUGAAUCCGUCAAAAAGAAGGGUAAGUCAGACUCUAAGGCCUCAGUGUUUUCAAAUCUGAGGAUCAGGAAAAAUCUGUCCAAGGCUAAAGAUGGGACCAGUAGUUCAAGAGAGGAUGUUUUAGAAAGCCAGGCCUUGCAUACAGGGGAGCUGGACAGUGCUCAUUCAAUUGUUAACAAAACUCCGGAUAUAAGCAUUUCUGCAGAUGAAGCAGGUCUCUCGGAUACAGAUGUUGAGCAUUUUGAAAUUACAAAUGAAACUCGCCCAGCUGCUGCAGAGGCGCAGGAUGGACAAAGGACCAGCUCUGGCUCCGAUACAGAUAUAUACAGUUUCCAUUCAGCCACAGAACAAGAGGAUUUGCUUUCUGAUAUCCAGCAAGCUAUUAGACUGCAGCAACAGCAGGGGGCAAUUAACAUUGGAACUGAGGAGCAUGUCACCAAAACAAUGGACUCACACAUGGCUAAUUCUCAAGCAGCCCCCUUAGAUCUUGAACGGUUUCUUUCAGUGACUAGCAGUGACAAAGAGAGUAGUCCAGAAACUGAGCAAGCUGUCUCAGCAAUAUCUGAAAUUACAGAAAACAUUCCCGUCAGUGAAAUUGAAAGUGAACUGAAAGAUACAGCAAAUGUCACAGCGUACGCUGGUAACCAUUUAUUUGAAACACAAGAACACAAGCUAUGGGCUGCUGAACAGGAACAUCUUGAGGCUGGAGUGAAUGCUGUAGCUAGUGAACUCAAGGAUUACCCACAUUUAAAUGUAGCAGUGACAGAAAAUGGGUCUCACAGUGACAGUUCUGUGUUCCAUUUUCUGUUCCCAGCAGCAGAUUCGGAGACUAAAAUUAGUGACGUACAAGCUGUUGAUUUCCCAGGUUCUGGAAGAGAUGAUGAUUUUUCAGAUGCAGGCCAUGACCAUGCUGCUGAGACUCAGGAAGGCAAAUGUAGUCUAUCAGCCAGCCAAGAGGCACUGGAGAGUGAUGUUUCUAUUGAAAUGAAAAAUGGCACUUUGUCAUCUGGGGAGAUAGUGGGCAGUCCUCAGCUCAGUUCCCGAUGCUUUAAGCCCUAUUUAAUUAACCCAUGUUACAUCAAAACCACAACUAGACAGUUGAGUUCUCCCAAUCAGUCACCUUCUCUUUCCCCAUCCCAGAGCCCACUUUUUAAGAGGAGACAUGAGUCCUUCCAAAGAAAAGAGAAGGCAUCUGGCAAGAAGCAAAGGUCCGUCAGUUUGGCUGGUUAUUUCAGUCGAUCAGCAGACUGGACAGAAGAGUUAUCUGAUCACAAAGGUGAAAUACCUAAAAAGGUUGGCUCUGCAGACUUCUUGGAGUACAGGAGGUCCAGGGAGAGAUUGCAAGAAGCAAAAGGGCCUUUGAAUCACUCAAGAAAAUCCUCAGGGAUCCAGGCUUCUACUGAUACCUUUCCAAAUGUCUUUACAGGGCGAACUCUUCUGGAAAAACUGUUCAGCCAGCAGGAGAAUGCCCCACAGGAAGAAGCAGAAAAACUAUGUUCUAGGAUCAUAGCGAUGGGGCUCCUACUUCCUUUCAGCGAUUGCUUCAGAGAACCAUGUAAUCAGAGUGUGCAGCAGAGCACACCCACAUUUGAUCAAGACCAGCUUUAUACUUGGGCUGCAGUUAGCCAACCCACACAUUCAUCGGAUUACAUUGAAGGGAGGUUUCCAAGGAGAAUUCCAUCCGUGUGGCCACCACCCAAGCCUCCCGAGGAGGAACAAAAACUAAAACACAUGGAAGCAGAGUUUGAAACAGCUAUUUUGGAAACACAGAAACAAUACAUAGAGGAUGUUCAGCGAGUACAGGAUGAUUUUGAGUUGAAAUCUGAGGAACGUGCUAAUGUAAUUCAGCAGCUGGAGCAAACCAUUGAGGAUCUAAGGACCAAAAUUGCAGAACUGGAGAAACAGUUCCCAGCAACAGAGGCACAGAUUCCUUGCAGAGACCAAGAGAGUGAGAGUGGACACUCAGUUUGUGGGGAACGUGGUAAUGUGGAUCUUCAAACAAAUGAAGAGAAUGUCCUACCUAAAACUGUUUUACAGGUAAAAUCAGUACAGACUUCACCAGUAGAAGAUUGUUUUACACACUCAAAGCCUUCAGCCAACACACUGCCACAAUCUCCUCUCGACCUGGAAGGAGAUAAAAUUGAACGGCCAUCUCAACAAUUGCCAACUCUUGAACUAUAUCCCACAUAUUGUUCUGAAGUAUCUUUAAUUCUAUCACCAAAACUAAUCUCGAUGCAGCUGGAUGAAAGCCAGUCCACAGAAAGUACAUCACAUCCACCUCGUCCAGGACCUGACACGGAUCUGUCUGCUUUGUUUGAAGAAGCGACUGUAUCAUCAACUCCCCAUCGGUCUCAAAGUACUGAGAGUGUGACUUGCAGUGAAUGUUUCCCUUCGGUAUCCUCUGAACCCACUUUUAGCAUCCCACCCCCACUGCCUGGCACAGAACUAUCUAUUUCCCUGCCUGGAGCAGGAGGCUCUUCCUUCACAUCACACUUGCCUGGUGCAGGUGUCCCAUGCCCACCACCUUUGCCUGGUUCAGAACUUGUCUUGGAUUUGGCUGGCACAGCAAUGCCACCCCUGGGCCCCUCAUUGCCUGACAUAAUUAUGCCACCUCCUCUACCCCCACCUUUGCCUGAUGGAGUGAUGCCACUGCCUCCCGCUCCUCCAUUUCUUCCAUGUGCAGGAAUCCUACCUCUGGCCCCUCCUCUGCCUGGGGCCAGAAUACCUCCAGCCCCUCCUUUGCCCGGCAUGGAAAUCCCUCCCCCUCCGCCACCCCCUCCUUUGCCCGGUAUGGAAAUCCCUCCCCCUCCGCCACUCCCUCCUUUGCCCGGUAUGGGAAUACCUCCCCCUCCAUCACCCCCUCCUUUGCCUGGUGCUAGUAUCCCAUGCCCACUUCCUUUGCUUGGUAUGGGAAUGCCACCCCCGCCCCCACCUUUGCCUGGUGUAGGUAUACUGCUCCCUCCCCCACCUCUUCCUGGUAUGGAGAUGCCACCCCCGCCCCCACCUUUGCCUGAUGUAGGUGUCGGAAUGCCACUCCUUCCCCCGCCUUUGCCUGGUGUAUGUCUACCACCCCCUCCCCCACCUCUUCCUGGUGUAGGAAUGCCACCUCCUCCCCCACCUUUGCCUGGUGUAUGUCUACCACCUCCACCCCCACCUCUUCCUGGUAUGGGGAUGCCACCCCCUCCCCCACCUUUGCCUGGUGCAGGUGUACCACCCCCUUCCCUGCCUUUACCUGGCAUGGGAAUACCACCCCCGGCCCUGCCGCCACCUCCACCUGGGGCAGCUCUUCCACCACCAGCCCAGGGAGGCUUCCUGCCAACUUUUGGCCUUCCACAAGUCUGUGGGGUUCUUCCUCCUCCAUUACCAGUUGGUUUAUUUGUAAUGGGGAUGAACCAGGAUAAAGGGAGCAGGAAACACGCAAUAGAACCUUCUCGACCCAUGAAGCCUCUUUAUUGGACAAGAAUUCAGCUUCAUAGUAAAAGAGAUUCUAAUGCUUCACUUGUGUGGGAAAAAAUUGAAGAGCCUUCCAUAGAUUAUCAUGAGUUUGAAGAACUAUUUUCCAAAACAGCUGUUAAAGAGCAGAAGAAACCAAUUUCAGACACCAUCACAAAGACAAAGGCUAAACAAGUUGUCAAGUUAUUAAGCAACAAAAGAUCUCAGGCAGUUGGAAUACUAAUGUCCAGUCUUCAUUUAGAUAUGAAAGACAUCCAGCACGCUGUUGUGAACUUGGACAACUCUGUGGUUGACCUAGAGACCCUUCAAGCCCUCUAUGAGAAUAGAGCACAAUCAGAUGAACUGGAAAAAAUAGAAAAGCACGGCAAAUCAUCCAAAGAGAAGGAGAAUGCCAAAUCUUUGGACAAACCUGAACAGUUUCUUUAUGAACUCUCACUAAUCCCCAACUUUUCAGAACGAGUAUUUUGUAUCCUGUUCCAAUCAACAUUUUCAGAAACCAUUUGCUCUGUCCAUCGCAAACUUGAAUUGCUACAGAAACUCUGUGAGACAUUGAAAAGUGGGUCAGGAGUUAUGCAGGUUCUGGGUUUGGUUCUCGCAUUUGGAAAUUACAUGAAUGGUGGAAACAGAACCCGGGGACAAGCAGAUGGGUUUGGAUUGGACAUUCUUCCAAAGCUGAAAGAUGUUAAGAGCAGUGAUAAUAGCAGAAGUCUUCUAUCAUAUAUUGUCUCAUAUUAUUUGCGUAAUUUUGAUGAGGACGCUGGAAAAGAGCAAUGCAUCUUUCCUCUUUCAGAGCCACAGGACCUCUUUCAGGCUUCACAAAUGAAAUUUGAUGACUUUCAAAAAGAUCUUCGCAAACUAAAAAAAGAUCUGCGAGCGUGUGAGACACAAGCAGGGAAAGUUUAUCAGGUAUCACUAGAAGAGCACAUCCAGCCUUUCAAAGACAGCAUGGAGCAAUUCAUUAAUCAAGCUAAAAUUGACCAAGAAAAUGAAGAGAAGUCACUGACAGAAGCACAUAAAAGCUUUUUGGAAACUGCAGCCUAUUUCUGUGUGAAACCAAAAAUGGGAGAGAAGGAAGUGUCACCUCAUGCUUUCUUCAGUGUUUGGCAUGAAUUCAGUUCUGACUUCAAAGACCUCUGGAAGAAGGAAAACAAACUUAUUUUGCAAGAAAAGGUUAAAGAAGCAGAAGAAGUGUGCAGACAGAAAAAGGGGAAAUCACUUUAUAAUAUAAAGCCAAGACAUGAUUCUGGAAUAAAAGCAAAGAUAAGUAUGAAGAUUUGAGAGAAGAAAUGCAAAAGCCAUUGCCACUUGAUCAGGAAAACUCAACGUGUCUGUUGGGGGCGGGAAAGGAAACUACAUCAUUCAGAUCAUUUGUUUUCUUCUUGGCCUUUCAAAUUUGCUUUUUGUUCUCUAGAGUUUCUCACUGAUAAAUGUGUACUGUUCAUUCAUGAAUGAAUGUAAUCACUGUAAUUGAGUGCCCAGCAAUAGACUAGUUAUGGACAUGAGACAAGUUCCCUAUAUCCCAUGCCUCGUUUUCCACCCAAAAACUGGUAUUUUGUAAAGUUCAUGGUCUAAUACCAGUAGACCAAACCAGCAUGCCUAAGAGGCAGCCUCUGCAUCAGUUCUGAAGAUGCUGAAAAUUCUAUUAAAUUUGAACUUCACAAGAAUGCUACUUGAUACAGUAAAAUAUUUCCAUUCCUACUGGCAACAUCUGUCUAACACACAUACUCCAUGCCACUGCAUUUAGAUUAGGGAAAGAAAUGUUACUUCUAGUGAAUUGUUUGUAUCCGUUUCACGUUGACAUUUGUAGUUUGUAUUUUGAAUUGUUAAGUGCUGUUUAUACAGUAUAAUCAAUGCUUUCUCAACUUGUUUGGUUGCCCGCCAUGACUAAAUAUUUGUGGAACAAGAUGUUUACCUUAACUAUCUUUAAAAUCAAUAAGACAGCAUACUUUUUCUUCAUCUUUUGCCAGAUAGUGAAUAGCAGGAGGGGGGAGUUGGAAAACCUGAACCAAAAACAUUUAAGUGAAAAGCAGUAAACACAGAAAAUCACAGGAGUACUUCAGAGGAUAAAAGAGGAACUCGGGCACUAUAGCUUGCUAACAUGUAAAGCAGCUGAUUUGUAUACAGAAAAACUUAAGGGAUAUUACAGUUAUAUUGCUGAUUAUUUGAGUCACAUAGGAUUCUCAGGACUACGAUGUUUCUAGCUAGGCUUCUUUCUGAAUUAUCUUUUCAAUUAAUUUAAGACUUCCUUUAUGAGGGAUAUAAAAAGAUAUAUCUAGGAAUUGGCAUUAGAGAAAUACAGUAGUCAACUCUACUGACAAAACAAAGGUGAUUGACUAAUUCAUGUCAAUUUCACAUUUAACAUCAGAGUCACAAACUUUUCUCUCUAAGUAGUCCAUACCAUUGGCUAGGAGGCAAUGGAAAUCUGUGAUUUAUGCCUUUCUUUUUAAGCCACAUGAUUAAUUUCUAUUUGUGAUCUGGAAAUUAAGCUAACUAUUUAUUAGUUUUGAUUUGUUGACCUAGUAAGGACCUUCUGCCCCAGAUGUAACUACUGAACCCAACAUGAAUUGGCCUUGUAACCAUUCUCUUUCAAAGCACUGUUUUCUUGGAAACAGCAAGGUGUGGCAUGAAUUGGGUUCACAUGCUCACAAUCUCUUAGCAUUGAAGACACAGGGGUAGCAUAAGCUUCUGAAUGAUUUGAGGUCUAACCUGCUGGGGUGGAUUAUUCCCUGUCUAGCUUAGUAUAUCAUAAGACAUUCCUGGCUGUCCAGAGGCAAAUAUACUGUACCAGGUGUCAUAAGAGCAAUGUCUAAUAUGACCUCAGGAAUCCAUUGUUAGUCACUUAUACUAAGCACUAGAAAAUAUGUUCUUCACUUGUGUGAAAAAUAAGUCUCCUGUAGCUUGAUAAAACUAUAUGAAAUUCUGUGUUCAUGAUAAUUUCUGGCAAGAAUAUGAUUACCAAGAAUUGAUUUCUAAAAUCAUGUGUUGUUGGGAGUAAUGUUACUUCUUGCAAAAGGGAAAAGAGAUUAUUUGCUGUUAUGAGUAACCUAUGGAAAGUAACUUUAAAAAUAAAGUUUAUUUUAAUGGCACUGAUUCAAACCUAUGUUUGUAUUUAUGUAAACUAUAGUCUUUUGCUCUUAACUUUUGCAUUUAUUUUAUUUAAGUGCAAAGAUACAGUUGCAUGUUUUGGUUUUCUAGCCUUCCUGUUCCCUUCAGUACCUACGGUAUGUAUAUUACCAUACUAAAUGAAAUAAUAGGAUAUCUAACAGAGAUCGCUAUGUGCAAUACUGUAUUUAGUGUUUCUACUUCAAUUUUUUUUAGAAUGUUAAUUUAUAUGAAAAUAAAA